AUGGCUCCAUUAGUACCGACUUUAUCACGAUCCUCCCUUUAUUCCAAAUUAUCAUCAACUUUCAUACCAACUCCUCAAGCUAAACUAGGUACCCUAUCAUGUAUAUCACUUAUAGUUAAUAAAAUCAUCGGAACUGGGAUCUUUCUGAAUCCUUCCAUCAUCUUUAAAUACCUUGAUGGAAAUGUCGGAUUGUUUCUUUCUCUUUUUUUACUUGGUGGACUUAUCAUAUUUUCAGGAUUAAUUAUUUAUCUUGAAUUUUCCUUGAAUUUACCGAUUAAGAACGGUGGAGAAUUGAAUUACUUAUUAAGAAUCUUCAAUCGUCCCAAGGGUUUAAUCGGAUGUAUUUAUUCCUUCCUGAUUGUUAUUUUAGGAUUCAGUUCAGGGAAUUCUUAUGCAUUUGGGAAAUAUAUCUUAUUUGCAUUCACUUCCGAAGCAUAUCAUGAAAAUAUAAGUGAAACUUAUGUUAAAUUGAUUGGAGUUGGAUGUAUCACAUUCUGUAUUGUCUUACAUAUGAAAUAUCCAAAUCAAGGAACUCAUCUUUUUAAUUUCUUAGGAAUUUUUAAAAUCCUUAUCUUAGUAUUGAUCAUCGCUAUAGGAGGAUUAGUCACUAUUGGAUUCAUUGAUAUUGAACCAACUACAAAUUUCACUAAUAUUUGGCAAUUUGAAGAUUCAAUAUCAACUGGAUCAUCUGCAUCAGUUUAUAAUGUGUCCGUAGCAUUAUUAGAAAUCAUUUAUUCUUUUAAAGGAUGGGAAAAUGUUAAUUAUGUCUUAAAUGAAGUAGAAAAUCCUUAUCAUAUCUUAACUAUCGCUGCUCCAUCAGCAGUAUUAGUAACCACCGCAUUAUAUUUCCUCGUCAUUAUCUCAUACCUUAUCGUCAUCCCCAAACAAGAAUUAUUGAAUUCAGGUGUAUUAUGUGCCGGUAUUUUCUUCAAUAAAAUCUUUGGAUCAAAUAUCACAUCUCAUUUAUUACCUAUUUUCAUCUCAUUAUCCAAUUUAGGUAAUGUUCUUGUGGUAAGUUAUGCUCAUUCAUUGGUCAAUCAAGAAUUAGCCAUGAAUAAUUAUAUACCCUUUUCCAAAACAUUCCAAAAUUUAAAUUAUGCUUUAUUAUUGCAUUGGGCCGUAACGGUUUUGAUCCUUGUUGGUCCACCCCUGACGGAGAUUUAUGAAUUCGUGGUUAAUCUUUAUAUAUAUCCUGGUACGUGGAUUAAUGUAUUGAUCAGUGUGGGAUUAAUAUAUUUGAAAGUUAAUAAAAAGACGGAAAAUUGGAAUGAAUAUAAUAUAAUCGAUCAUUCUCAAACCAAUGAUGAUGAUAUAGAUUAUAUCCUUGAACAAAAUGAAAGUGAUGAACAAGAACCUACCUUCAAUGAUGAUGAAGAUAAUACCGUCCAAGAUUUCAACCCUCGUAAUCGUUCUCAAACAUCAGAUCGUAUGUCUCGAUUAUCAAUCUCAUCAUCAACGGCUCUCCUUCCAUCUUCAUCCCCUACCACAUCUAAAAAAAUCAUAAAGGCUCCAUACAUAUGCAUAGCCUUAUUCCUUACCGCUAAUUUAUUCCUCGCAUUAUUCCCAUUCGUCCCUCCUCCAAAUAAAGAUUCUAUGAUCAUUCCAUUCUGGUGUUUCCCUGUCAUUGGUACCGGAGUGUUAUUACUUGGUGGGGUAUUCUUUUAUGUAAGACCUUACUUUCAUUUGAUUUUUGGAUCAAUUCAUGAUGUUAACGAUAUUAAAUAUGAAGAUGAAUAUUAUUAA